GUCACACCAAAUAAACGGUUGCAAAUUUCAUCGCGAAAUUAAAGUUAGUUUAACGCCAAGAAUGCUGUAAUUAAGUUGUAAAACUAAAUAAAGAGGAAAGGAUACAAUAAAUAAAAAUGGCGAGGAUUACUUGGAGAGGUCACUCCAGUCAGGAGCUGCUUUCUAUUUGUCGGCUUCGUUGGUCUUAUAUGAAACACUGCUGGACCUCUUUAACCUUUAACGCCCACAUGAAUUCGUCCUACGCCUCCGACGUAUGCUUGACACCCAUUUUUUGGUUUGUGGACAACUACACUCACUGCUUGGGACCGUUCUUUGUGGUGGGCGUGGCUGCCUUGACAACAUCAGUGGUUGGCAUUGCCUACUGGAUUGGCUUACCUUUUUGGUGGGCCAAGAGCCAAUUGGUCACAUAUUUCCUCCUCAUCGUGGGCAAUUGGCUGCUGCUCAAUGUGGUCUUCCACUAUGUUAUGGCUGUGAUCACCCCGGCUGGCCACCCUCCGGAAGGCGUGUCCCUGGUGGAGGCGGUCAGCAUGUGCGGCAAGUGCAUAGCCCCCAAGCCGCCAAGAACACACCACUGCUCCGUUUGUAAUCGCUGCAUCCUGAAGAUGGAUCACCACUGCCCUUGGCUCAACAACUGUGUGGGUUAUGGCAAUCAUCGGUACUUCUUCCUCUAUAUGAUGUACACCACUCUGGGUUGCCUGUUCCUCUGCUUGUUUGGACUGGAAAUUGGUCACAAAUAUCUGUGGUUGGAUCACGGUGAAACCUGGACGGAGAUUGAACCCCUGGAGGGGCAACCGGUGAAAUUUAACCUCAGUGGACACAUAAUUCCUGUGACACAUCCCCAUGAGUACGAUGAGUUUAUGCUACCAGCUGCUGUACACAAUCUGCCCACGCCCAUUGUGGAUACGGAUGCACCUUCGCCUGGCCGUCGUCGAGCCCUGUGGUUCAUGGCCUUCACGCUGGUCUCCGUUGUAUUAGCACUUGGAAGCCUCUCCAUCUGGCACGCCAAGCUCAUCACGCGAGGAGAGACCAGUGUGGAGGCCCACAUCAACGAAACCGAACGGAAAAGGCUUCUGCAGCAGCAACGCAUUUACAUUAAUCCGUAUAAUUUUGGCACCAAAAAGAACUGGAAACUGUUUUUGGGUCUGGUGCGGGGCAGAUCCUUCUGGCGAACUGUUCUACUUCCCUCUUGGCAUAAGCCCGAAGGAACUGGUCUCAGUUUUCACACGGUAAACGAUGCGCCCUUCGAGGACGAGUGGCCAUAGAUCGAACAUCAAAGCCUUUGUGAUGUUAUCCAGUCAAUCUUAUGUUAUUAGCUUAAUAGAUAAGGUCUAAAGUUACUAGUUUUUAUGUGUCAACUGCCUAUUUUUAGUAUUUAUCCACGAUUCCAACUAUACUCCAAACUUGCUAAAUACGGUAUGUCUUGGCAUGUUUCCAUAACGACUAAGAGCACAAUAGCGUUUUUUAUACAUACUAGCUCAAUAAAAAUAAAAGUCAAUUCCAGU